GCAGCCCAGCCCAACCCCCCUCUUACAUACUGACAGCUCCGCCCACACCUUGCGGAUAUCUACAGGAGAGCCGCGUGUGGUGCUGAUCGACGUUGGACAGGCUCCACAAAGCCCGAACCUAUCCUUGUUUUCAUUAGAACCUUGAUGCCAUUCACCCUUUUUCGGGUAGGCCAGAGACUUUGCGAUCCCAGGGGAAUUUUGUGCGUUCCUUGUUGCUGUCUCCGAUUGAUUCCGCUGUGAGACACCAAACGCCCACCUCCGUCAGUGUAUCUCAUCUCAACCUUUAUCGCUCGAUCGAUGGAUGCCGCCGUAAAUGGCGCAGCCGCUGUCGCGUGUGAAGCAUGCGGCUGGGCGGCGGCCCUUUGUUCCAUGCUCGCCUUUGGAACCUUUGGGGUACCCAUCAAAUCAAAAGCCGCCGUGUCCGUAGACAUUGAUCCACUCGUCUUUCAAACCUAUAAAACAUUCAUGUGCUUCGCCACUUCCUGGCUUGUUCUUCUCGCCGGUGAGCCCUUUACCUUUACGCCCUGGGGAAUCGUCAGUGGCCUCUUCUGGGUUCCCGGAGGAACGGCAACCAUCUUUGCCGUCAAGAAUGCGGGUUUGGCCAUUGGCAUUGGGAUCGGAUCGUCCUUUAUCGUUCUCGUCAGCUUUAUAUGGGGCAUUUUCGUCUUUGAAGAAGCCGUGCACUCGAAAACUGGAGCUUGUUUGGCCAUUUUCUCCAUGAUGUUGGGCUUGUUGGGCAUGAGCUAUUUCAGUAGUCCGGAAAGCGCCGAGGCGAUCGCGGCCGACGAGGCACAGGACGAACCACUCGCUUGGGCCUUGGAGACGACCGACCCCGGAGACGCACUCGUGACCAAUGCGCAACACUCGGUGCGACUGUGUUCGGGCAUUCGGUACCGCGGUCUAGGUCCGGGGGGUCACGAAACAGACGACAACCAAAAUAGCGACCAUAGUAGUAGCAACAGCAAUCCCGGAGAUCCUUCGCUCCUCGUACCAGAUACACGUCAAAAGCAGCUCAAGCUUACGGAGCGGACGGAACAUUUGUCCUUUUCCGACGACCCUGAGUCGGAUCUGGAAGAAUUAUAUGUAGAUAUGGAUCGUACCACGACCCGAGAGUCCACAGAGACCGAACUCUCGUACGUCAUUGUUUGCGGAAAGAAAUGGCAGCGGAGGUAUUUGGGCAUGGUCGCCGCCAUGUUCUGCGGGGUGUGGGGUGGAUCAAUCAUGGCUCCCAUGAAAUUCUGCCAAUCCGAUACCAAAGGCACGCACUUCCUUCUCAGUUUUUCCAUUGGUGCCUCCAUUGUCAACACGGGCAUGUGGCUCGUAAGGUACGGCUACAACGUCCUCCACUACCAAUCGUGCUCGAAAGCGUACGCAUCGCUACCGUCCUUUCACUUGCACACCAUGUGGCUCGCGGGAGGCUUAUCCGGUAUGCUUUGGUCGAUCGGAAACUUUUUCAGUCUGAUCUCGGUGUUCUACCUCGGACAGGGUGUCGGAUAUCCUUUGGUACAAACAAGCAUUAUUGUUUCCGGUCUCUGGGGGAUAUUUUAUUUCAAAGAAAUAACCGGAUUCGAGCGUAUCAGCAAAUGGCUAGCUUCUUCUCUGCUCACCAUCUUUGGGAUUCUACUUCUCGGCUACGAGCACGUGGAUGAGUAGGUAGUCCAUGUGGCGCUACGUCUAUCGUUGCUGCGGCUGCGCUGUUUGUUGUCCUAGUACCAAUACACUUUCGGUCGCCGAAGAUGAUGACACUGGACGAAGCAGGCAUAAAAUAUUCCUAGUCUAUGCUUGUUUCAU